GGGGCGGAGACGCGGACAGGUAGGCAUUAAAGCAGGAAGCUACCUGGUGCAUUAGGGAGUCACCUCUCAAACUCUUCUGUGGAGCUAUCAUUUGAUCUCUCGCCUCUCACCAACCACUCUCCAAAGAAGCUUUCCGACAGAUUGCCAGAUAAGAUUCAGUCAUGGUGUACCACCCUGAGUUUGAGCGGGCGGGGCAGGAGUCGGGUCUGCAGGUGUGGCGCAUCGAGAAGAUGGACCUGGCACCUGUGCCCGCGCACCUGAGCGGAACCUUCUUCUCCGGCGACGCCUACCUCGUCCUCAACACCAUCAAGCAGCGCUCGGGGCACCUGCAGUACGACCUGCACUUCUGGCAGGGUACCGACUGCACAGGGGACGAGAGUGGGGCGGCGGCCAUCUUUACUAUUCAGAUGGACGAUUACCUCGGGGGGAAACCCAUCCAGUACCGCGAGGUCCAGGGCUACGAGUCCAAAACCUUCGUGGGCUACUUCAAAUCUGGCCUCAAGUACAGGAAAGGGGGCGUGGCCUCAGGCUUCCGGAUGGUGGACGAGGAAGAGGUGAAGCGUGUGCUGCAUGUGAGGGGUCGUCGCGUCGUCAGGGCAACGGAAGUGCCCGUCAGCUGGGACAGUUUCAACCAGGGAGACUGCUUCAUCCUGGACCUGGGAGAUGAGAUCUACCAGUGGUGUGGCUCCAAGAGUAACCGCUUCGAGAGGCUGAAGGCCACAAAGGUCUCCAAGGGUAUCCGUGACAACGAGCGCUGUGGACGGGCAAAGCUGCACAUCUGUGAGGAAGGAUCAGAGAGCGACAAGAUGCUGGAGAUUCUGGGAGACAAGCCGGAUUUACCGGAAACACACUCUGAGGAUGAGAAAACAGACGUGUCCAACAGGAAGAUGGCCAAACUCUACAAGGUAUCGGAUGCCAGUGGGGACAUGUCCGUGUCCCUGGUGUCGGGAGAGAACCCGUUCUCCCAGAGCGACCUCCAGCCCUCCGACUGCUUCAUCCUGGACCACGGCUCCAACGGCAAGAUCUUCGUCUGGAAAGGGAAGGACGCCAACCAGGAAGAGCGGCACGCCACCCUGGCGGCGGCGGAGCAGUUCAUCAGCAAGAUGGGGUACCCGCGGCACACGCAGGUGCAGAUCCUCCCGCAGCACGGCGAGACGCCGCUCUUCAAGCAGUUCUUCAAGGUGUGGCGCGACGUGGACGCCACCCAGGGCAUGGGCGAGGCCUAUGUGUCCAAUAAGAUCGCCAAGAUCCCCAAGGUUCCGUUCGACGCCUCCACCCUCCACGAGUCCGCCGCCAUGGCAGCGCAGUACGGCAUCAUGGACGACGGCAGUGGAGACAAACAGAUCUGGCGCAUUGAGGGGUCAGACAAGGUGCCGGUGGACCCGUCCUCCUACGGUCAGUUCUACGGCGGGGACAGCUACCUCAUCCAGUACAGCUACCGCCACGGCGGGCGCCAGGGUCAGAUCAUCUACAUCUGGCAAGGGGAUGACUCCGGCCAGGAUGAGAAGGGCACGGCGGCCAUCUUGGCCACACAGCUGGACGAUGAGCUAGGAGGAGCAGCUGUGCAGGUGAGGGUGAUUCAGGGGAAGGAGCCGGCCCAGCUGAUGAGCCUGUUUGGGGGGAAGCCGAUGGUGGUGCACCGGGGUGGGACCUCCAGGAGUGGGGGCCAGAGCCAGAGUGCAGACACACGCCUCUUCCAAGUCAGGGCCAACUCAGCCGGGAACACCCGCGCAGUGGAGGUGGAGGCGGUGGCAUCCAACCUGAACUCCAACGACGCCUUCGUCCUGCUGAGUCCCUCCUCCUCCGUGCUGUGGGCGGGGCAUGGCAGCUGUGAUGUGGAAAAGGGUGGAGCUACACAGCUCGGCGAGAUUCUAGGGGUGGAGCUUUCUGAGGUCACUGAGGGAAGCGAAGGAGAUGACUUCUGGGAUGCUCUCGGAGGGAAGGCGGAGUAUCGCACAUCAUCCAGGCUGAAGAACAAGAUGGACGCGCAUCCUCCACGACUCUUCGCCUGCUCCAACAAAACCGGAACGUUCAUGAUUGAGGAGGUCCCUGGUGAGAUGACUCAGGAGGACCUGGCCCCAGAUGAUGUGAUGAUCCUGGACACCUGGGAUGAGGUGUUUGUUUGGAUCGGGAAUGAGGCCAACGAGGAGGAGAAGAAGGAGGCCAUGAAGUCUGCGUCGCAGUACAUCGAGACCGACCCCUCCAACAGGGACCCGCGCACGCCCGUGGUAAAGGUCAAGCAGAGCUUCGAGCCGCCCACCUUCACUGGAUGGUUCCUGGGUUGGGACUUUGAGUACUGGAGCACUGACCCACUCGAGCGAGCCAUGGCUGACCUGUAGACUAUGUGACCCCAGUGACCUUGACCCUGACCCCGACCUCAGUUGACUCGGAAUCGGACACAGCCCACAUCUGCUGCGAUUCUGUGCCGGAUGUGCGGCGGGUCUGGCUCAAGGUCAACUGCCGUCUGGGACUGGGCCCGCGCAGCACAGGGUGUGAACAGGGCUGUGUGUGUGUGUGUGUGUGUGUGUGUGUGUGUGUGUCUCAUAAGGGUGUAUUCAGGAGUGUAUUUCAGGAGAAGUGUCCCAACAGGUCAAACCAGAGCUUUAGACAAACUUACCACAGCAUUAGCCUUAAGUAAGUAUCGCCCAGUAGAGCACACAACAGUCACACCUGUACGCAGGUAACAUCCUGUGCACACACAUAUCCUAGUCAUAACCUCCACAGCAAUACAGCAAAAACAGUUGUGCCUAAAGCCUUUAGCAGUAAACUCUUCAUACACAUGUUACAAAUGUACACUCACUCUGCCUUUCUUGUAGUCAAAUCUUCUGUUACUUGUGCAGUGAAUGCCCACACAUCCUGUUACAGAUACACUGCAUCCUGUUACAGAUACACUGCAGCCUCUUAGCAGCACAUCGGCCUGUCUCUUUGCCUUAACCACUGCUCACUCUGUCGUGAAGAUUUGUUAUAAGCAAAACUACAAAGUUAAAUCUCAGCUGCAGUUAUGAACUGAGUGGUUGAUGUCAAACAUCUCUGCAUUAAAAUGCUUCUUCUGGUA